AGGUAGUUGAGCGAAGAUGGUGGCGCGCGUGGCGUGCUGCCCCCGGCCUCUGCCUGUCUUUUCGCGGCGCGCGCUGGCGCGGGCGCCUAAGAGCACGAACCCCGACGCGAGUCCCCGCCGGCUCUGACCCCGCGCCCCCGCGCGCCGCCCGCCCGGCCCGGCAUGCCCCGCGCCCGCAAGGGACACGCGCCCCGGAGGGGAGGACAGCGCCGAGGUGGGGGAGCUCGGAGCAGCACCCAGGCCGACUCUCCCUCCAGUGACGAUGAAGCGGCUAGUGAAAUAUUGAGCCAUUACAGCAGUACCAGCGAGGGGGCCAGCAUCGCGGAGGAGAACCUAGGUAAUGAAGUGGUCGAUGAGCAGGCCCAGCAGGAGGAGCUGGAAGAGAAGCUCAAGGAAUGCAUCGACAAUGUGGCCGACAAGAGUGCCAAGACCAGGCUGGGUGCCCUGGAAAGUUUGCGCCUGGCCUUCUCCUCCAGAGUGCUUCUGGACUUUCUGCUGGAGCGCCGCCUCACCCUCACCGACUCCCUUGAAAAGUGCCUCAAGAAAGGGAAGGGAGAGGAACAGUCUCUCGCUGCCACUGUGCUGACCCUGCUGUGCCUUCAGAUGGGCUCGGGCCCAGAGGGAGAGGAGCUCUUCCAGAGCCUGCGGCCCCUCCUCAGCAGUAUCCUUACCGAUACCUCUGCCAACCUGGGAGCCCGGCACAGUUGUGCCACAGCCCUCGGGAUGUGCUGUUACAUUGCUGCAGCCGACGUGGAGGACCUCGUCUCGUGUCUUGCCUGCCUGGAGAGCAUCUUCAGCGGGGCCUAUGGGGAGGAGGCCUCCACGGCUCCGGCGCCCCUUCACCCCCUGCACUGCUGCGCCCUCCAGGCCUGGGCCUUACUCCUCACCAUCUGCCCCGGCUCCCACAUCAGCAGGGUUUUGGACAGCCAGCUGCCCCGGCUGCCCCGGCUGCUCUCCAGCGACAGCGUCCACCUCCGCAUCGCGGCGGGGGAGACCAUUGCCUUGCUCUUCGAGUUGGGCCGAGACCUAGAGGAGGACUUCCUGUAUGAGGAUACAGACGCCCUGUGUGGCACCCUCCGAGCUCUGGCCACCGACAGCAACAAGUACCGAGCCAAGGCUGACCGGCGCAAGCAGCGCUCCAUCUUCCGGGACGUGCUGCACUUCAUCGAGAGCGGAGAGUGUCAGGAAGAGACAAUCAAGUUUGGCCUGGAAUGUAUGUAUGUGGACAGCUGGGUCCGACGUCGGACUUACACGGCGUUUAAGGAGACCCUGGGCUCUGGGGUCCGCCACCACCUCCAGAACAAUGAGCUGCUCCGAGAUAUCUUUGACCUGGGGCCUGUACUGGUGCUGGAUGCUGCCGCCAUGAAGGCCAGCAAGAUUUCCCGCUUUGAGAAGAUGGGGGCAGGACCUUCUCUGUCUGCUGUGGUGGAGGAGGCCCUGGACAUGCAGUGAGGUCGGAGUAACUAUCCUCGACAUUUUCCAUCGUUUUCAUGUUUUUGGGUUUACAAAGUGCUUUAGGUCUUAGCUCUCAAGCUCUCUGAGCCACGAUGAAGGACAGAAACCAUUCUGUGCCUCAGUUUCCCCAUCUAAAAAAGGAGGACCACAGGAUUUGCACAUUCUGAGUCACCAGGUGAGGUGACUUGAGGAACCUCCAGAAAUGUGUUUUCUGUCUGAUGAGGGCCGGGAACUCUGAGGCAUCAUUCCCCUGCCUGGGUAUGGGAUCUGGUAGAUUGUGCCAUUUAUUGAUACAAAAAUCUCCUGUAGAAACAUAGAAAUGGGGAGGCUGUUUGGGCAUGUCAGUAGAGGCCGGAGGGAAGGAGGGCCAGGCUUCUGGGGGGAGGGUCGUCUGCCUGAUGUCCUGUUGAGUGCCGGCAGAGGGUCCUGGGCUCCAACAGGGGAGCUCAUUCCUCAGCUGAGGCCUCGAGCUUCGCUGCUAUUGAGCCGUCGCCACUGGUUGAGGCUGGCCAGCCGGAGCUUUAACAACGUCUCUUCCUGGACCCGGAGUGUGUGGGCCAGAACCCGAAGGGACUCGCUCUGUAGCACUGGGAAUGAUGGAAGGGAGAAGAGGCCUGCAUGACUUGGGGCCCACCUGGGGGCCCCCUCCCUCCUGCCCUGGGCUAAUAAUUGGAUUAUCUAUAGCACACUUUCUCUUCCUAAUCUGAUGUCCUGUAACCACCCAGCCCAAGUGCAGUCCAGCCAUGCCAGGGAAUAAAGAAAAGAGCAGAGGGUUGGGAGCCAGGAGACCCUGGGCAGAACUCUGCCAUUUUUUCCUGUCUGUGGGAUUGGGCCCUGCGGGCUUCUCUGUAAAAUGGUGUGGUACUAGGAAGUCUCCAGGGCCCUUUUCCUGAGAACAUGAUAGAACCCGAGCAAAGGAGGGAAAGAAUCGUGUCCGCCUCCCACACCCCCAAAGAAAACAGAGUUAACUUUGCUACUCUGGCACCCCCUUCCCCCUCACCCCCCAUCAGUCCCUCGCCCUGGUACCACUCAGGUAGACAGCCAGGAUGGCAAGGGCAAGGCAGGUGAGGAUAAGCAGCGCCAGCAGAAGCAAGAAGGCCCCACGCCCCUGGGCCGGGGUGCAGCCAGCCUGGACACAAAGGGAUGAGGGCAAUAUGCCCAUGAGCUCCUCCCAGUGCUGCGAGGCAGGGUCAUCAGUCAGGUAGGGGUGCAGGGUUCCUGGUGGAGACAGAGGUGUUCCAUUGCCCCUUCCUAGGGAGGACUCCCUCUCCCUGCCCACCCCUUCGAGAAAAAGCAUGGGCCAUACCUCCAUUGUGCAGGUCACUGAUGGACUCAACAGGGUGCAGGCUGACCUCAGUGAGGUGGCUGGCUGGAACAGUCCCAGAGCCCGGGCUCACCAUGAUGGGCAGGAUGGCAUCUGUGAGGGUCAGAGCUGCUGGUCUGAGUGGCGCAGUCCCCUCAUCCCCAGCAGAAAGGACCCCAUAGCAUGGCGUUCUUCCCCUGAGCCUAAAAAGGAAACCCACUGGUGCCCAGCCGCCUCCUUACCCCCUGGUGCCGGAGCAAGGGAGCUCAGAAGAAUGUCACACGUGUGUUCUUGCAGGCAGCACCCCCCCCUCACUCCACCCCCAAGCCCACAGGAUUAGGCUUGGUUUCUCUUCCUCCCCAUCCCCCUCCUGCCUAUGCCCACUCUGUUCCCCAAGGAGUCAGUCCAGGACAUAACUACUUAGGGUCCCCUUUAUGUCAAACCCAGGCUGGGAGGCCUGGAGAAAGGGAGGGAGGCAGUCUUUGGCCUCUGCUGUCUGACCACUUGCUGCACCGGAGCUCAGGGAGUUCCUCAUCUGAAUGAGAAACCCCCUUCCUCUGCCAUCUCCCAAUCUGAGGGAAGGCUGAACCCUCCCAAGGGGAGCAGGCUCACAGCAAUCCCCCCAAGGGGAAGAGGGAGCUGUUGGGGGAACGGAUCCUGAAGGGCUUUGAGUGAAAAAAAGCAUAAGCCCUUGGUUAAUGUCAGGAAACUAGGCAUUCAGACCUGGACAACACCUGGGCUCUUAAAGGCCAGAGAAGUAGCUCAGGUACAGGUACAAAGACACAGCCAUGGCCACUCUGAGAGGUCAGAAAGUGAGCAGCAAUGGGAAUGGGUGAAGAGGUCCCAACCCCCUCCCGCACCCCCACCAACCUCACCUUUUCUCCUAGGGCAUAGAUCAGAGAUGGAGCCAGGUGUCCUUGGCUCCCAGUGCCAUACAGCUGACUUAUCUUAGGCAGUUUAAGAGCUAGAAAAUCCUGCAAUCCCGUCUCAGCCCACUAUGCCUCUGGCCCCUUCCUAUAACCCUAGCCUCCUCCCACCAGGACCGGAACACAUGGCUAUUCCAGAACUCUGCAGCUGCCCAAGUUGCUACCUCCACUCCUAAACUCUGUCUUGGCAGACCAAUGACCUGUCUCCCAACCACUGUCCCCUUGGAAGGAGAACAUGGGCACGGCAUGGCAGGGCAUGGAUAGGAGGGAUGCUGUGUCCCUGAGUCCUUUCUGCACAAUCUGAUGGGCCAGACUGGAUCAUAAGAUGAGAGAAAUAGUCUUGGAGAAGAAGCUGUCCUUUCUGCUUAGAAGGGCAUCCGUGGUAGAAAGGAUGUCUCAUAACCAGUGGAAGGCCGAAGUUGGCUCGGGCACAUAGUGACAAGAAUAGGGGGUGCUCCUGUUCUAUACUCCUCACCCAGCUCCCCUUGGAAGGUCAAAAGAGAUCCUUGGAGCCUAGCAAAUGGAUGCCUGAAAUAGCCUCCUUCCAUUUCUCAAGAUUUUAAGGAAGUGACUGUUAGAAUGCCUCCCAGCUCAGCUUUGGGCAUUGAGGAUCACCCCAGCCCAGUACCUUUCACUCCUACGGCUCUGGGGUCUGAGCCCUGCCCUGUCCAGUUCUGCCUGCCACCCACCUACCUUACCUUCUCGGGCCUCCCCAGGCAUGGUCAGGUGUGGUGGUCAGUGGGGUUGGAGCCAGAUGGGUAGUGCCCUGGGCAAGGGGGAGGAGUAGAGACAGCAGCCAGUACCUUGCAGAGCCCCUGUCCAGGCCACUGGCUUCCCAAGGCACGUUUGCCCAGUCCAGAAAUAGUCUUGAGCUCAGCCUACAGGGGGUUAUAUUUAGAGGAGGCGGGAUUAAGAAGGGUAGGGGCAGAGGAGCUGAGAGCAGUCAGAAGUCCCAGGAAAGGCAGCCGGGCACACACAUUCUGGCGUGGGAACAUAGAAUGGUAUCAGGAUUUAGAGCUGUUAAGGAACCCGGAGAUCAUUUAAUAGGCCCCCUCAUCUUAUGUCUAAGGACACUGAGGACUAGAGAAGGUAGGGAGGUGGGCACUUGGCCCCAAAUCACCUAGUUAAGAAGUGGCCAGACUGGGAUUCAUAUCCAAAUCUAGUUCUAAGUCCAGCCUCUGUUAUACCAUAUCACUUUCUUCUCUGAUCCUGUACAGGGUGGCAAAAGGGGUGUUCCAUCUCUGAAUAUCGCUGUUUUGGUGCUAGGGGGAGUUAUGGUAACCUUCUGUUCCUAGCCCAGCCAGAAGGUCCUGGGAUACUUCAGGUGGAGGGCCCCAGAAUACCCUAGCUAGAAGGGCCUGGGAUAUUCCAGCCAGAGAUCCUGGAAUAAUACCACAGCUGGAGGAUUCUGGGUUACUCUAGCUGGAAGGUCCUAGGAUUCUCCAGCCAGAGGGUCCUACAAUACUGCAGUUGGAGGGUUCUGGGAUUCCCCAGAUGGAAGGUCUUGGGAUACUCUAGUCAGAGGGUCUUAAGAUACCCCAGAAAUGUUCUAGAAGAGGGUAGGACCCAGGUCUCCCUUCUGAUUCAAUUCAGAAAGGGUGUCACAGAACCCAUAGUGCCUCAUUUCCUCUCAGCUUGCUAUGAUAUGGCCAGUUUGGCAUGUCCCAGUUGUUCCCAUGUUCUCAUGUUCUCAAAUAGGCAGAUAAUACCCAGCACUGUAAGACUGUAAUUUAGAUAUAUUAUCUCAUUUAAUCCUCACCUUGAUCCUAGAAGGUAGGUGCUACUAUUAUUCCCAUCAUAGAGAUGAGGAAACUGAGGUUCAGAGUGGUUUGAACACUGCCCAGGGUUCAAAGUUUGAAGCAAGUUUGGGACUCAGGUCUCUGACUCUCAUGUCCAGUGCUCUGCCCAUUACACCACCUGGCUUACUUCCAUAUGUAGGAUUAUAGGAUUUAGAGCUCAAAAGGACUUUAGAAAUCACUUAGUCCAGCCCCCUGGUUUUUGUACAUGAAGAAACUGAGGUUGUAAGAGAUUAUAAAUAACAGAAUUCAAACUUUGGUCUUCUGGCACAAGUGCUGUGCUCUUAUGACUUCUUGCCCAGACUGUUGAAAUAGCCUCCUAACUGGCCUCUCUAGUUGACAUUCUGAGACCAAUUUUACAUCAUGGACUCCUUUGUCUGCCAAAGCUUUUCUUAGAAUAUUUUUAAAUGCUUGGAAUAAAAUAUGUCAAGUUUCAAAGGAAACCAAAGGUUAGUGAAAAUUAAGAUGGCGUCUUUUCCCCAUCCAGUUUUCUAGCCCUGUUCCCUCCCCCCUUCCCCCCAAUAUCUCCAUGGACCUAUUGGGCAUCCUCUCAAAAGUGUCUCCAUGCCAUUUCCCCAGACUCUGUGCCCACUCUCACACCUCACCUCCCACUGCCCUGCAAGCAGAAACACUACCCAGCAGGCCCAGGGAGCCUUCUGGACAUCCGUGUGGAUAAUCUGCUCUCAGAUGAGUCAUAACUUGCUAUGUUUUUAGGGCACAGACUGGGGGGGGGGUGUGGGAGAGAUGGCAAAGUAUGGCAUGAACAGAGCCUCGUUAGAGAUUGGUGACCAGGAAGAGAUACUGUGUGUGUAUGUGAACAUGGCAGGAUUGCAGGGCUUUGGCUAGCAUUGGGGAUCUUCAAAGGUCAUCCCCUCACACACACACAAACACACAUACCUGCAGACGCUUCAGGUUAGUGUGAUUUAGUAUAUGUUGCAAUAUUUGCUUGCACACCCACAUAAUGUACCAAUAGGCCAAAUACUUUUAUACUUUUGUGCAGGUAAAUACCUGGAUAAGCCCCCCUCCCCCCCACACACACACAUACACACAAAGUUACAACUUUACACGUCUACACUGGGAUAACCAGCCUCGGUGUUUCCCAAAGGCUUUAUGAAGCUUCAAGGGGUGUCAGACCAAGAACCCCAGAGGCACGCAUCUCUACAAACAUCAACACAUGCCCACGUUGUACCCAUGUGAUCGCAGAAUCCUUUUCUCAUAGAUUUCUAGAAUGUCAGAACUUGGAGGCGACUCAAGAGGUCAUCUUGUUCAAACCCUUUGCGGUAUAGGCAGGAAGACAGAGGCAGGCCCGGAAAGACAAAGGGACUUCUCCAUGGUCAUACAGACACUGUGGGCAGAACUGGAACCCAAACUCACUUCCAUCCUGAGGCUCCUGUCCCCUGUGCCAGCAACAGGAAAAAAAAGAUGGAGAGUCAAGGAGAAAUUGGGAGAUGUGAAGAGGGAAUCAAACUCUCUCUGUCUCUCAAUCAGUACUUUUCAGUUAAUCAAUCAAAAACUUAAGUACCCCUACUUAGUACCUCACCAGUCACUAAGUAUGAGGCUUCACAAGUCACUUGCUAGAGUGGGUGACAACUCCAGAGGCCCCCAGGCAGUGCUAGGCAAAUUGAAAGACAGAGAUUGGUUCCCAUAAAGUGGGGGAGCAACAAGAAGUGAUGUCAAGAAAACUGCUUUAAAAAGACCAGAGGAUUCAGUCUCAGACUGCAUCAGUGAGCCAGACUGGAGGAGGAGACUCUUUCCUUGGAUCCUGUGGUGGUGAGUGGAGUGAUUCCUUCCUUGGUUCUUCAGGGAGGAGACCCUCUCCACUGUUGGUGUUUUAUUGGGACACUCCCUUCAGCGUGAGUUCUGGUGAGAUUCUUGGCAGUCUUAGCCUCGUGUGCACUGAAGGUUCUCCAGAUUUCAGCUUUCUCAUGAGGACUUUGGAUUCUGGUGAGAUUUGCUUUCCAAUUCCCAAUUGUGGUCUGGAGACAUUAGGAUUAAACUCAGGGUAUUGAUAGCUAGGCAGUACUUUGUCUCUUUAUCUAUACUUUCACUUUCUACCUCUUUGUAAAUAAAGCUGCUAAAAGUUA